UGCUCAUCAGUACUCAUGAUGCAGCAUCUAUUUUCUCUGAUCAUCAUGAUCUUCCUGCUAGUUUUCUCAUUUUCCGCCAAUAUUUCUGCCUCGCACUUUAACAUUCCAAGGCUCGGAACACUAAGGAGAACAUCCCAAUUAUACGAAUCCCAAACCAGUACUAGUAGUAGUACUUCAUCUUUUUCAUCAAACCCCGAGGAUUUCAAAACGUUUUAUUACAACCAAACCCUUGAUCACUUCAACUACAGGCCUGAUUGCUACUCUACUUUUCAACAAAAGUAUGUGAUCAACUCUAAGUAUUGGGGCGGACCGAAUUCAAACGCACCAAUAUUUGCUUUUCUUGGCGCUGAAGGACCCUUGGAUUCUGAUCUUUUCUCCAUUGGUUUCCUCAGUGAUAAUGCCCUCCAGUUUCAGGCACUCCAGGUAUACAUAGAGCAUAGGUACUAUGGGAAAUCCAUACCGUUUGGAUCGAGAGAAGAGGCUUUUAGAAAUGCGAGCACUCUUGGUUACUUCAACUCGGCUCAGGCUAUCGCAGAUUACGCAGAUGUGCUCUUGCACUUGAAGAAAAAUUUAUCUGCAGAAAAUUCUCCGAUAAUCGUUGUUGGAGGUUCCUACGGAGGAAUGCUUGCAGCAUGGUUUCGGCUAAAGUAUCCUCAUAUUGUCCUUGGAUCUCUAGCUUCCUCAGCUCCGAUCCUCUACUUUGACGGCAUUUCACCACGCUUUGGUUACUACUCCAUAGUAACCAAGGAUUUUAAAGAAACUAGUGAAAGUUGCUACAGAACUAUAAGGAAGUCGUGGGCGAAAAUUGAUAAAGUGGCUUCCAGACCGCAUGGCCUUUCAACCCUCGGCAAGAGAUUUAAUACUUGCAGUCAAUUAAAUACAUCUUUUGAGCUGAAGGACUAUUUGGAUUCAAUAUAUACUGAAGCAGCACAGUAUAAUGAACCCCAAAGAUACCCACUUAGGGUUCUAUGCAGUGCCGUUGAUGGAGAAUUUGUAGGAACCGAUACUCUCGGCCGAAUAUAUGCAGGAGUGGUUGCUUAUAUGGGACACCGAUCAUGCUAUGACAUGAAUGAAUUCAAGAAUACUACUGAUGAAACGAAUCAAGGGUGGAGAUGGCAGACAUGUAGUGAGAUAGUUAUGCCCAUUGGCCAUGGGAGCGGCAAAGACUCUAUGUUUCCAUCCGCACCUUUCAAUCUCAACCAUUUCAUCAAUGAGUGCAAGAGCUUGUAUGGUGUCCUUCCUCGUCCUCACUGGGUGACAACUUAUUAUGGCGGUCAUGAUCUAAAACGGAUUCUCCACAGAUUUGCUAGCAACAUCAUAUUCUCCAAUGGGCUCAAAGAUCCUUAUAGUAGUGGCGGGGUUUUGGAGAACAUAUCAGAAAGUGUGGUUGCCAUCUCUACUGCUAAUGGUUCUCAUUGCUUGGACAUAAUGAUGACAAAGCCAAGUGAUCCGCAAUGGUUGGUCAUGCAAAGAAACACUGAGGUCAAGAUAGUUAAACGGUGGCUUUCCAAGUAUUAUGCAGAUCUUCUAGCUAUCAAUUAACCGAACGUCCUUGUU